UGGGAAUCAAGACGAUAUAUCCAGACGGCAUGCCGAAUUGCCGUAGCGUGACUCGAUGCCAUCUGCAACUCUACCUUCUACCCGGGAGUCGGCACGCAAUAUACUCCAACUCUCAACGCCGCGAGGUAGUAUCGUUACGCGGCCAGAGUCCGAGCGCAAGGCUUCUGUCACAUGGCUGCGGCAGCAUCGCGGGACCCGAUCGGCGCGCUCGGAGGGACACGGACGAUGUCCGCUUCGCUAUCCCGGCGCCGUGUUCCCGAGACGCCUUCCGCGUGCCCGGAGAUGCGGCUUCCGCCAAUGCCGGAAGGGGCAAGGCCACGACCGACCGACCAGCCAGCGCCUAAGGUGCUGAAUGAAACCGUGACUAGCACGGCGACGCUGUGACAUAAACCACAUUGCCGAAACGAGUUCGCGAUUUGCACUUGGUUGAUGGUCGCACCUGCCAUGUAAUGCAGCUGACUUUCAACAGGCAGGGGCGCGAAGUCGCCUCCGGCACCCGCGCCUGCCUGGGCCGGCGCCCGUCAACUCACUCGGGCCCCGCGGGCCUCGACGUUCCGUCCGGGCACGACGGUACCAUCGAUCGCUGGCACGAGUCAAUCGUAAGAUCUCCCGGAGCCCCGGGCCCGAUAUAUUGUCAUAGCAGCAGCCCAUUAUAGGCAUCGUUAUUCUGCAAACCUUUGUUCACUGUUAUUGUGCGUGUAUCGGCCAGCAAAGUCGUCCGCGAUGGGUAUUAGUGUGUAUACGCAUCUGGACGCCGUUUUACCUUUUCUACACUCUUGCCAAGAUCUACCCUUGGCUUCCACGACGACCGAUCCCCGUUCAACUACCGAGUUCCACCCAGAGGUGCCGUGAGGCAGCCAGAACAUGUCCACCAUGGCACGCAGCAUCCGGGCCAAGGUGACCAGGCAGGGCGAACGCCCGGUUCUUUUGGAUAUUCGGUCGUCAACUCUGCUCAUCGUCUUUACCGUGGCAAUGGCGAUUUUCACUGACCUCUUCCCUUAUGCCGUCAUCGUGCCUGUGCUGCCCUAUGCACUCCCCGAGCGCACCGGAGUCCCUCGAGACUCAGGUAAGGCGACACCAGGCCAACUGACAUCAAUCUACCGGAGCUGACUGACAGUCAAUCAGUGCAGCGGUGGAUGUCAGUGUCGCUGGCAGCGUUCGGCGCCUCCGUUUUAGUAUUCUCACCAAUAUGGGGAGUUCUUGCCGACAGAAUACAGAGCCGACGAGCGCCGAUGCUGGCGGGCCUCUUCCUAUUAGGCGCGUCAACCCUGCUUCUGACGCUGAUGAACAGCGUCGCCAUGAUGGUGGCCGGCCGCGUGCUGCAGGGCAUGACUGGUGCCUUGACCUGGGCGGUUGGCUUGGCUCUAGUCGUCGACACGGUUGACCCCAAACACAUUGGCCAGGCAAUGGGUUGGAUAGGGACGUCGAUGAGCUGGGCCGCCCUGUCGGCGCCGCUGCUCGGAGGUGUCGUGUAUGGAAAGGGCGGGUGGUACCAGGUCUGGGCCAUGUGCUAUGCCCUUAUCGCCGGCGAUAUCGUAUUGCGAUUCGUUAUCAUCGAAAAGAAGCGUGCGAAAAAGUGGCAGACGGUCGAAUCCGAGCCGGUUUCCCGCAGCACAACCGACGACAAGGAAAAGGAACAGUCCUCGUCGCAGUCAGCCGAUCGAGAUCCCGAGGCAUCGCUGACUCCCGCCCCGGGCACCGGGCAAGUCACUCUUGGGGGUAUACUCAGGAUGUUGAAGAACCCCAGGCUCAUCGCCGCGUUCUGGGGAUGUGUGGUAGAGUCGUCCAUCCAGACAGCGUUUGAUGCCAUCAUUCCGCUUCAGGUAGAAACUCUCUUUGGCUGGGACUCGAUUGGAGCUGGACUCAUCUUCCUGCCAUUCAUCAUACCAACCUUCCUCAGCCCCGUAGCUGGAUCGUUGGGGGACCGAUACGGGGCAAAGUGGUUGACCACGUUUGGCUUCUUCCUCUCCACUCCGUUUCUCAUCUGCUUGCGCUUCGUGUCGGAGAACACGAUACAGCACAAGGUGAUGCUUUGCGGACUCUUGUUUGGCAUCGGACUUGGAAUAACUUGCACCAUGGGACCUCUAAUGGCAGAGAUCAGCUGGUCAAUGAAGGACAACAGGAAAGAGUCGCAGUUGGAGCGGGAGCCAAUUGCACUUGCGUACGCGCUGUACAACGUCGCGUAUGCCGUUGGCUGCAUGGUCGGCCCGCUCCUGGGAGGGUUCAUCAGGGAUCAACACGGCUGGCCCACGGUAGGAUGGGCCCUGGCCAUUCUGACGUCCUUCACGGGUGUCACUCAGCUGCUGUGGAUAGGGGGACCGCUGAAGCUGCGUAGCCAAAGGCUGGCACCGACAGCCGAGGCCUUGUGAUCCAGAAAUGGAUACUAGGGGCGGCAUCAGCCAGUAAAAUGAACAAAAGCAGUCCCC